UUGGUGAUCUGUGGCGCGCGCGGCUUCACCUGUAUUGUCCGCGAUGGGCCUCAGUGUUAUAUGAUGGGAAUGGCAGAUUUGGGAUUCAUACCAUCCGACUUGGAUAAUGGAUUGGAUUUUCUUGAUGGAGAUGAAAGCAUUAUCAAUGGAAAAGAAGAAGAAGAAGAGGAAAAUAAAUGUGCGCGUCAUCCUGUGAUACUGGCUGACAUCAAAACUCAUCUGGAAGAAGACUGUCGCAUUGGAACUGACUCUUUUGAUAUAUGCGAGCAAACUGUAAAUCCUUAUGCCAAAGUCACACCAGAUGAUUUUAAAAUUUUGCGUGUGAUUGGAAAAGGAGGUUAUGCGACUGUGUUUCUUGUUCAGAAGACUGACUUCGGAGGCAAGGAUAAGUUGUAUGCUAUGAAGGUCUUAAAAAAAGCUCGGCUAAUUUGCAAUGAGAAAGACAAAGCACACACCGUAUCCGAAAGAAACAUACUCAAAACACUAAAGGCAUCACAUCCAUUUUUGGUCAAGUUACACUACGCGUUUCAAAACAGCUCAAACUUGUACAUUGUUUUAGAGUACUGCCCUGGUGGGGAUUUUUAUAUUUCUGAGAUUGCUUUGGCAAUUGGUCACCUCCACUCAUUGGGCAUAAUUUAUAGAGACCUAAAGCCGGAGAAUAUAUUGCUUGACCAGUUGGGUCACGUGAAGUUAACAGAUUUCGGUCUUUCAAAAGAAGGUGUUUGCAUGACAAAUACAUUCUGUGGUACAAUUGAAUACAUGGCGCCGGAAAUUAUAAGGUGUGAGGGGCAUGGGAAAGCCGUUGAUUGGUGGAGCUUGGGUACACUUCUUUUUGAUAUGCUUUCAGGCGGGCCCCCCUUUAAUGAAGAGGAUAGCAAACAAGCUACUGCCGAAAAGAUUCUUGGAGGAAAUGUUCGUUUCCCUCCAACUUUUUCUCCAGAAGCAGUUAGCCUCAUUAGAGGCCUUUUACGUCGUAACCCGAAAGAAAGAUUAGGAAGCAAAUAUGAUGUUGAAGAGAUUAAAAGACAUAAGUUCUUCAAGGCAUAUGAUAUAAGCUGGGACGAUGUCUACUAUCGUCGGCUAGAGGCACCAUUUAAGCCUCAGCUUUCUUCUGAUACCGACGUUUCUAUGUUUCAUCCAACUUUUACUGGCCUCCAACCCGUAGUUAGCCCUCCAGAUCCUCGUUCGAUUCCUCCUGAUUUAUUCCAGGUGAUUUAUUUUUUCACUAUCUAA